AUGACUGAAAUUCGAAAAGAAUUAGUUAAUACUGUAAAUAAUAAAGCAUAUGCAUUAAUAGAUUAUAAUAUUCAAAAUACCUUAGACAAAAAAUUUGAAUUUAUAAAAAAAACUAUCCUUGCUGAUAAAUCUCUUACAAAAAAUGAAAAAUCAUAUGCAAUAAAAGAAUUAAAUAAAAAUUCUGAUUAUUAUAAACUUUUUUUAAAUGAAGGAACAAAAAGAAUUUGUGAAAAUUGUCAUGAUGAAUGUUUAGCUACGUUAUUUUGUGAAUAUUGUGUUCGAAAUUAUUUAAAAUCGAAUUUUUCAAAUUGGACAUCUGGAAAUAAUGAUAUUGAUAAUUUAAUACAGCAAUGUCAAAUGGAAACAAUUAAAAUAGAUAGGAUAGUAGAAUGGAUCCCAUAUAAUAAUUUACAAAAUAUUAUUUAUUUAACUAAAGGUGGAUGUUCUGAAAUUUAUACGGCAAAAUGGAUUGAUGGUCAUUAUAAUGAAUGGGAUUCAAAAGAAAAACAAUUAAAAAGAUUUGGAGCGCAAUAUGUAAUACUCAAAAAGUUAGAAAAUGUUGAAAGUGCUAAUAGAAGUUGGUUUGAAGAGGGUAAAUCUCAUUUAUCUAUAAGUAACAAACAUCCACAAGUUGUUGAAUGUUAUGGUUUAACAAAAAAUCCAUCAAAUGGAAAUUAUAUGCUUGUAAUGAGUCGUUUGGAUAUAAAUUUAAGAGAAUAUUUACAACAAAAUCAUAAUAAACUUAAAUGGAAAGAAAGAAUUCAAAUAAUUGGGAAUAUUACUUUACCACUUUUUGAAAUCCAUCAAGAUAACGUAAUCCAUAGAGAUUUACAUUCUGGAAACAUAUUAUUUAGUCAAUUGGUUCAAGAGUUCCGAAUCAGUGAUUUUGGAUUUUGUGGACCAGCUGAUAAACCAUUAAAUAGUAUAUAUGGGAAUCUUCCUUAUAUAGCUCCCGAAGUAAUUUGUGGAAAAGGAACUACUUAUGCAUCUGAUAUUUAUAGUAUUGGUAUGCUUAUGUGGGAAAUUUCGUCUGGACAACCACCUUUUAUUAAUUUUGAAAAUGAUUGUGAACUUGCACUAAAAAUAAUAAAUGGAAUGAGACCAAAAGUAGUACCAGGAACUCCUAUAGAAUAUAAAGAAUUAAUGGAACAAUGUUGGGAUGCAGAUCCAGAAAAAAGACCUGGUAUUAAAACUCUUAAUGUUGAAAUAAGAGAAAUAAAUAGAUUAAAUCAUCAGAAUGAAUUAAAUAAGAAUAAAAGCAUAAUUAAAAAAUUAAUUGAAAAAACUAGAUUAUCUAAACAAAAAGCUAAUACUAUUUCAAAAAUAAAUGAAAUAAAUAAUUUUGAAAUUAAUAGUACAAGUAGUAGAUUAUUUACAAGUAAGGUUUAUCAAUUUAAAAAUCUUCCAGAACCAAAAAAUGCAACUGAAGAAGAACAAGAAGCAUUUCACAGUAAACCUUAUAGCUAUAACAUUCCUUAUAAUAUUGACGAUUUUAAUAACAAAAGUGAUAGUAAAACAUUUAAUACAUCAAAAUCAAGCAACAUAAUUAAAGAUGACGAUAAAAAAUUAUCUGAAGUAUUUGAAAAUAUGCAAAUAAAUUCAAAUAAUAAUAUUAUUCAAUAUGAUUAUAAUAGAGAAAUUACACUGCAAGUAAAGAAGCACACCAAUAUUGAUGAUAUUGAUGAUGAAGAUACAAUGUAUAAUCCAAAUCUUCAUUCAGAAGAACAAGAUGAAUUUGAAAUUCCAGAUGAUGGAUUUUAAAUUAUUUAAUCGAACUAAGUGUCACUCAUGAUUUCCUUCAUACUGAUUUUUGAGUUAGCUGAGUUUAUAAUUGACCGUGAAUCUUCGUUUACUUAUUUCUCGGUCUCGCCAGAAAAAUCUUUAAUAGAUAAAUAGUUAAAUAGUUUAAAAAAUAAUUAAUCACGUUAUAUUUAAUGAGUGACACGCUCCAGGGAUUACCCAUGAAAUAAAUAAUACAAAUCUUUUAAUUACUAUUAUUAAUUUCUCAUUUAGAAUUAUUUAAACACUAAGAAUAGAGUAGCAACUAG